AUGCCUUCCGCCGAUGAGCCCUCUACAAUCCGCACGAACGGGACCAGUUCUCGAUCAGAUCAGCUUGCAUACUACAAAAAGCAGUAUGAGCAGCUCGAGUCCGAACUCUCCGAUUUCCAGGCUUCCAGUCGUGAAUUAGAGGCUGAGCUAGAGAAGGAAAUCGAGGCGUCCGAGAAACGUGAGCGGCAGUUGAAGGAGAGGGUCGAUAAUCUGAGGUACGAAGUAGACGAGUGGAAGUCAAAAUACAAGCAGUCAAAGUCGGAAGCCAGCACUGCUCAGAACACGCUGCAGAAAGAAAUUACUUCUUUAAGAGAGGUGAACGUGAAACUACAGCUGAAGCUACGGGACACCGAAGUCGCCAAUGACGACUACGAACGUCAGGCUCGUCAUACGACCUCAUCCCUGGAGGAUAUGGAGUCAAAGUAUAAUCAGGCCGUCGAGAGGGAGGUUCUUCUGGAUAUGGAGUACAAACAAGGCGAGCAGGAGCGGGAGAGCUUGCGCAUUGAAAACCAGCGCCUGCGUGAUGAAUUGAACGACCUGAAGAUUGAAACAGAGAUUGUUCAAGAGAGGCUCCGGAAUAAUGGCCGACGCCGACGCCCAGCACCUUUGGGUCGCACCCCUUCGACGCCGCAUACUCCUGAGAUCUUUGACCGGUCUCCGGGAGAAUCGACUGUGUCUUCGCCGCUAUUUAGUACUCCACCGACCAAGCUAUCGCUCACACUGGCUUCUGCAACUGCCACGCCACCAUCGCCUCCUAUGUCUGAAACGUCAAGCAGUAUGCGCAAGUCGUUAACCGCAGCAUCAGGCUUCCCCCUGCAGAAAGCCUCGGCUUCCGAGUCCUUUGGUACACGAUCGUUAUAUGGCAAUAGACCGCAGAGGUUCCAAACUCACUCUCGAGCUACCUCCUUUGCAUUCAGCAACGGCCGCUCAACUUCAUCGGUUACUACUCGACCCAGCCUACCUAAGCCGAACAACAAUAUUAAUCCUGCAAACCGCCCGUCUGCUAUACCAAAAUCUGGAUCGCUGCAUCAGAUUCGGGGACUUAUCGGCAAAAUGCAGAAGCUGGAGGAGAGAGUUCAGUCCGCUAAAUCCAAGCUACCUCCCCCGUCCGAAACCGCUUCAAGAACAUCCUCGCGUGCGGGCUCUGUGCUCGAUUCAAGCCCUGGCGCCGCCACAAUAGCCAUGCGUCGGGAGACUCGCAAGCGGUUGAGCGGCAGCAGCUUUAGCUCUUCCAUCAGGGACGGCGACGGCGUACCUUCAUAUGUCACGUCUAGCCGUCCAUCUUAUGGAACCAGGACUCAAGGGGACAGUCGUCCUAGCAGUCGUACGAGCUUCUCCAGUUCUCUCAGUCACAGCACUCACCCAAGCGUGACGCCUUCCAACCGGCCAGAAAGCCGCCAGAGCCGUACGAAAACCCCGCUGGGCCAUUAUUCCACCAACCCUACCACCGAAAGUCGACGACCACGGUCGUCGCUUAGCAACCCUGCCGGACAGUCCACACCCGUCAAUGGGAUGUCAUUCAUAGAUGAAGAUGAAGACCUCGCGGAAGAGUUCAACAUGCGUGCAACAAUCAGCUCAUCACGUCCUACUCGCCUUCCCUCGUUCUCCAAUCCAGCCUUUUCCACACCAACUGGGUUGAAGAAACGUUCCACCAGCGGCAUCCCAGCGCCUCGAAGCUUUCGGCGAACCAAUACCAUGGGACCACCCAAAUCGAAGCCGACGGCCGGCGAUUUGGGCGAGACAUUUUAG